AUGCUAUUCUCCAAGGCCCUCAAUUCUGCCGCCAUGGCCACGGUGAUCGCGCUGGUCGCGUCCAUCCCCGCCAUCCAGGCCUCGCCCAUCCCUCUGUCUCCCGAGUCAUCCUCCCUCGCAUCCGAGACCGUGGUUCAAAAGCGAAGCCUUUCAGCAGGCUGGAACAACUGGUCCUGCAAGCCCUCGAGCGCGCACCCCUACCCGUUGGUUCUCGUGCACGGCCUGACGGCGAACAGUUUCGACAACUGGUUCUAUAUGGCGCCGAGGUUCGUCGCGAAGGGGUACUGUGUGUUCUCGUUGAGUUACGGACAGUUGAAUGAUGUGCCCAUUUUUUAUGGACUGGAUAAGAUGGAGAACAGUGCUCAACAGCUGAAGGAGUUUGUGGACAAGGUGCUGACGGCAACCAACACCACGCAGGUGGACUUGUUUGGGCAUUCGCAGGGGUCACUGAUGCCUCGCUACUACAUGAAGUUUCUGAACGGCGCCGAUAAGAUCCGCAAGUAUCACUCCCCUACUUCCUUAAACUGGUCUGACGCGUCUCCAACAGUGCUUUGCGCUUACGACAAAUUCGCGGCCAUCGGUGCCAUCCAGUAUGGAACCACACUUCUUGGUCUGGCCAAUCUGCUCCAGCCUCUGGGACUCUACGAUUCCGUGAAGGAUAUUUUUGACAAGGGCUGCCUUUCAUGCUUCCAGUUCCUGCAGAACAGCACCUUCAUCCAGAACCUGAACGCCGGUGGAGAUACCGUCCCGGGUGUCCAAUAUCUCAUGAUUGCGUCCAAGUUGGAUGAGAUCGUGACGCCGUACACGACUGGGUUCCUGCGCGACGACAACCCGAACGUGCACAACCAGGUCCUGCAAAACUGGUGUUCGGCCGAUAUCUCUGAGCAUCUCGCCCAGGCCAUUGAUCCGAUCGCAUUCAACGCGGUGCACGCGUUCUUCACCCCCACCGCCGACCAGACCAUCAACUGCGCCGAUGCGCUUAACUAA